AUGUCCUACAAUAUUCGAGGCUUGGGGAGUGUGGCGAAGAAACGGGAUGUACUGGAUAAUAUUAGAAUGCAGCGGGUUGAUUUCUGCUUUCUCCAAGAAACUAAAUUGGAGGUUUUUGAGGAGCACGUUUGCUCCGGUUGGUGGGGAAGACACAAUUUUGAUGUUGCGGUUCGGAAUGCAGAGGGUAGAGCGGGCGGUAUUCUGAGCGCUUGGAAUACAGCUUCCUUCACGGCUUCAAGUAAAUGGGAUAUUCCAGGGGCGGUGGUCGUUAAUGGAUUUCGGCAAGAUGAUGGGAGGGCUUUUUGUCUUGUUAAUGUCUAUGCUCCCUGCGAUUCCUCUGGAAAGUCGGAAUUGUGGGACAAGCUGAAGCUUGUGGCAGAUCAAAAUUCGGAGAGAUGUGUGUGCUUUUUGGGUGAUUUCAACGCAAUUAGGGACGAAAGUGAAAGGGUGGGACGAGGUGAACAGUUUGGGAGAGCUGAUAUGAGGAGAUUCGACUCAUUUCUCAGAGAUUGUGGCCUGACCGAAGUCCGAACGCAGGGGAGGAGGUUUACCUGGUACCAGGCCAGCGGCGGUUGCAAGACCAAACUUGAUAGAUUUUUUGUGAACGAUACUUGGCUUGAAGCUUGGCCGGAAACAGUGGGGAGAUGUCUGAAGAGAUCGGUGUCAGACCAUUGUCCGAUACUCCUUUCUACCAAGAAGGUGGAAUGGGGGCCAAAACCUUUUCGCUUCGUGAAUGCAUGGACAACUCACCCGGAGUUUAAGGGAUUGGUGAGAAGAGUGUGGGAGGAAACGACAGUGGAGGGCUGGGGAUGCUUCGUGCUCAAAGAAAAAUUGAAGGCGUUGAGAACCGCUUUGAAGGAGUGGAAUAGAACCUCUUUCGGUCACUUUGAUGACGAGAUUAAGAAGGGGAAGGCCGAGCUCCAACAGUGGGACGAGGUCGACGAAACUGCAGGCCUUGAUGAACAAGGUGUUCUUAAAAGAAACGAAGCGAUGGCUAGGAUUGCGCUCCACACCAGAAACAAGAACGCUUUCCUCGCUCAAAAAUCUAAAACGAGGUGGCUGAGGGAGGCGAUGCCAACUCAAGCUUCUACCAUAAAUUCAUCGUUGGUCAGAGAAAGAGAAAUGAAAUAG